UCAAGCUGCGUUUCAAGCUUAGUGAAGCUAGAUGCAAGGGGGAGAGAAGGGGGGAAACAUGGGAGGGGUGAAAAAUGAGAACGUUUUGGCUGGCUGAUUCAACAAAAGUUCCUAGGCGUGGUUCUCAAUUCUUUCCUUAUGCUCUCAUGAGGGUCUGGAUCACAGUAAAGACAGGAAGGAGCAAUGUCAGUGUGAGGAGAAGAGUGGGCCUUGUGACAGUGUAAUGCUGCAGAGAUUACAGCAGGCCACGGUCAAACAUGGAGACCUCUGGCACCAACAACGCAGCGAACAUGAAAGAGGAUCUGCCACCUUGCGAAAAACAGGACAGCACCCGCAUGGACAAAGAAAUGGAUAAUCCUACUGAUCGAGUUGCAUCUGAGAAUGGUAACAGCCAGUCCCCUGACAUACUCUCCCCGGAGGAUGUGCUAUGUGACUCCUGUAUUGAGAAACCCAGCAAGGCCCUAAAAUCCUGCUUGACCUGCCUGGUGUCUUACUGUGAGGCCCACCUCAGACCACAUCUGGAGAACAGCAAAUUUCAGAAUCAUCGGCUCGUGGAUCCCCUUCAUGACAUCGAUUGCCGGACAUGUGAGGUCCAUCAUCUCCCCCUGGAACGCUUCUGUCUGACAGAUGGAUGCUGUGUGUGUCGGGACUGCGAGAGCCAGGAGCAUGAGGGGCACACCACUGCAUCUGUAGGGGAGGCGCGCAGACAGAUUGAGACUGAACUGCAGAUGAAACAAGUAGAUAUUACUCAGAGCAUCUCAGCAGCUGAGAAAGCAAUUGGAAAGCUACAGACCAAUAAUGCCUCAAUUAAGUCCUGUGUGGCAGAGGUUUGUGGCGUUAUUGUGGAGCAGUUUGCAAGGCUGCAGGCAAGCGUGGAGGAGGCCAGGAGAGGGGCAGUGGAGGUAAUGGAGGGAGAGCAGAGACAGGCCCUCAGACAGGCAGAUGGUAUACAGGCACAUCUGGAGCAGAGGAGAGCAGCGCUGAAGAAAACCUUGGCUCAGAUGGACAAACUGUACCGGACCAAGCCCGAUGUUGACUUUCUGCAGGAGUACUCAGAAUGGAAGAAAGGAGUGGCACACGUACAUCUGCCUGGUGUGUACAGCAACCUCACGGACCAUCUAGCCUGUUUCAGUCAGGUGGUGACUGAUGUUACGCAGGAGCUGUGUGACCAAAUCCUCUCCACCUACAGAGAAAAAAUGAGAACCAUCUGUAAAACUAGUCUUACAGCCAUGGCCCAAGCCCAGAUGACAGAAUCUCAGCCUGACCCUGAAACCCGAGAUGACUUUUUGAAAUAUACAGUGAGUUUGACCUUUGACCCAGAGACCACCCAUCAUUUUCUACGACUGACAGAGGACAACAGAAAGCUGACCAAUACCAGCCCCUGGCAGCACAGCUACCCUGACAACCCAGAGCGCUUUGAGUACUGGCGCCAAGCAGUGAGCUCACAGAGCCUCUACUUGGGGAGGCACUACAUGGAAAUAGAGCUUAGUGGGGAGGGUGCACACGUGGGAGUCACAUACAAGAGCAUUGACCGUAAGGGAGAGGAAAGCGUUGACUGCAUCACUGGGAAUGACUUUUCUUGGUGUCUGGGACGGAACAGGCGAGGUCUCUCCGCUUGGCAUGCUGGUGUAGAGACUCCCUUGGAAGACACUGGCAUUGCAAAGAUCGGGUUAUACAUUGACUUUUUUCAGGGUUCUAUUGCCUUCUAUAAUGUGACCGACACUAUGACCCUGCUUCACAAGUAUAAGGCAGAUUUUAUAGAGCCCUUGUAUGCUAUUGCCUGGCUCUCUAAGAAGGACAAUAUAGUUUCUCUGGUUAAUGUAAAAUGAAAAACCUUUCUAGAAUUGCACACCAUAAUGCAGCAUGUCACCUGCUGCCUCUGUAGACAACUAGCAAUAUGACCUUGUACAAGAUGAACACAUUUUGAUGUUUAUUGGAGUUGUAUACUGAGGUAUAUUUAUGGAGGAUAUUUUUCCACUGAUGUAAAAUAGUGUUGCAAAAUAUUAGACUUACUACCAUCUAGUGGUGGCUGUGCAACUUGUGCAGUAAUAAGUGUGCUUGAAAUUUACUGUAGUGUCACUACUGGGAUCAGGUAUGAAAAAAAAAUCAGUUGCUUGCCAAGAUUUCCUUUAUUUGUCUUAAAAGUUUACUCAGCUAUUAAAUUUCUUCAGUAACAUUCAGGUAUGAUAUGGGUUUUAUACACACAGUUAUGAGAGUUAUUAUUAUUUGUUGAGUGAUUACACAUCAUGAGUUUAAUAUUUUACACAAUAAAGCACUUUAGAAAUCAUCAGC